AUGAAUUGUCGUCAUUGUGGAGAGGUUAGACCUUUCAAAGAAAUCUUCCUAUGCAAAACUUGUGGGCACAAGUUGUGUGCCCCAUGUUUAGUGCAACCACAAGUGCACUACAAUCAUCAGAUUGUUUUGUGGGCGGAUUCGUUCAGAAAUUCUGAACACCUUCUUAAGAUUUACCUCGAUGAGCUCAAACACACGGAGCCACCCGAGUUUGACCAAGCCAUGAAGGACUUCAUGAGACCCCAACAAGAAGCAACGAUUCCUAACCAAGGCCUAUAUCAUGCUCAAGAUCAGACCGAGCAAGAAUAUCAUGAAGAUCUGGGAAUCGGGACGCUUCGAUCGCCACUUUGGAUCAUCUUGAAGUUCUUGCCGAAAGGAUCGCUAAAAUCGAAAGAGAUGGUGCGGUCGAUCUGUCUCAUUCUGGCCGCCUGUUGGAGAUCUUCAAAUCCCUCAACUGUCCCGUUUGCAAUGAACCCUAGACAGGAUCAUACCCCGACACAAACUCGUUGUUCUGAUCCUCAAGCUAUGUGCUUGAAGUGCUUCAAUGGACAAAAAGAAAUGGAAAUGGCAACACGAGUACAUCAGUGUGGGGGAUUCGAUUGUUUUCAACAUGACCCAACUUCUUCAUACGAUUUGAUGGAGUUCCUGUCGAAUGACGCUCUUGUGUUGAAAAAGAAGGGAUACGUGUUGGCAACUCAAGUAACAAUUCCCCAAUGUAUAGUUUGCCGCCAAGAAUAUUCCAUCGACGAUCCCCAAAAAGAACCAUUUGCCCUCCAUUGCGGGCACACUUUAUGCAAUGUAUGCUUCGAUCGAGUAAAUGGCCACACCAGAUCGAAUAAAUGUCCUCACUGCCAAGGCGAGGGCCUCAGUAUGCAAACAUCGUUUAACAAUCCAUUGAAAGCGUUUCUACGCGAAUUACCCUCAAAACAGGAGGAACUUUCUCAAAAAGAAGCAGCAGGAUACAAAAUUUGCAAUUAUUGUGGAGAUUGGGGACCUUUCGAGAAAAUGUAUCAAUGUAACGAUUGUGGGAAUAAAGUAUUGUGCUCCCUUUGCCUAGUGCGAAAGAAGCACUACACUCAUCAAUUCGUCGAAUUGUGGGUGGCUAAGGUUCGAUGUGUACCUACAUUACACUCAGAUUUGAUCAAAAAUUGUGAAGACUUUCAUAAGAGCAUCCUCGAUGAGAUCAAACACAUCGAAACACUCGAAUUCGGCCAAGCCAGGGAGGAGAAAAUCAAUGCUUUGUUGAAAACCGUUGCUCAAUUCAAGGAAAUCAAGGAGAAAUAUUUGGCCGAGUUCCGAUCAUGUAAAAAGGGAGUAGAGAAUCUCAACAAUGGAAUCAAGGGCAGCAGGAAGCGGAAAAGAAACGACGACGAG